UUUUCCUUUGAUGAAUGGCGUGUCUCCAUUUGCAAGCUACUCCUCAAGUCAAAUAUCUAGAGCAUGUCAAAUAAACACUUAUUGUUUCACACAUCUUCAUAAAGAAAUUUGAUCAAUGGUUAAAUGAAGGAUCAUUUCCUUAUUAAUGAUGAACAUAUCUUAGAACUAUUCCUAAUAAAUAGGUCCUUAACGAUGACUUCAAAAUUAAUGCCUAGUAGUUCUCCUGGGGUGGGGGCAAAGGAAGAAAAGGCAGUUACGGCAUGGUGUUCCUGCUAUUUAAAGGCCCUUCUUCUCCGGAUAUGGUCAAUCUGGAGAAGACAUGGAUUUCAAUAGUUCAUUCAUGGAACUCCCAAAAUCCUCAUCAGCACUAUCUUCGGAAAUGCAGAGGCCGAUUCAUAUGGAUAGCUCCAUGCCAAGUGACAAGAAAAUUCAGCAGGAUGAAGAUGAAAGAGACCCAAGUUUUAUGCAAUUGCUAAAAGAAAACCUCUUCUCUUUCUGGAAGCGACAAAAGGAAGAAAUUCUACGUUCAGAUCCAAAGAGAAAACACGACCUGCCCAUCUCAAGGAUCAGACGGGCUAUGAAGUCAAAUGAUCAAGUAAAGAUGGUUAGCGCACAUUCUACGGUUUUGCUUUCGAAAGCAAUUGAGAUGUUCAGCAUGGAGCUCACCCUUCGUGCGUGGAUGCAAGCUGAUCAAGGCAAAUGCCGAACUCUGAAGCGUUAUGACUUUGCUAGGGCCAUAAUGGAUGAAGAGCUUUUCGAUUUCCUCUCUGACAUCGUUCCACUCCAGACAUCUAAGGUGCAAAAGGAGGCAAAUGAUGGCCAAGGAAAUGACUCUAACCCAGCUUAUCAGGUGGUUCAAUCUAAUAACAUUUCAUGCCAAUAUCAGGUGCAAGAGGCAAAUGAUGGACAAGGAAAUGAAUCUCACCCAGCUUAUCAAGUGCUUCAACCUAAUAACAUUCCAGCGGAGGCAAAUGAUGGCCAAGGAAAUGAAUUUCACCCAACUUAUCAAAUGGGUCAACCUAAUAACAUCCCAGCUUCUUUCAUCAGUGCCCAAGGAAUUCCAGCACCUUUCAUGCUACCACCUCUGAUUAAUUUAUCCCCUGAACCUGAGUUUGACAUAGAUGAAUAUUUAGUGGACAUUGAGGAGGGACUUUAAAGUGGGAGUUAAACUCAGUUACUAGGUGUUUAG